GGGGGGACCGCGGAAACAGCGGGACCGGAAAUCACCGAAUGAUGCUUCCGACCGGAGAGAAAGUAGUGGACAAUGGCUGUUCCAAACUUGGAGCUGGAUCCAAUAUUCUUGAAAGCUCUGGGCUAUCUGCAUUCAAAGACUAAAGAUUCAGCAGAGAAGCUGAAAGGUUUGCUGGAUGAAACCCUGGCCAGAGGUGGUGACUCCAGCUUUCGGCAACUACAAAAGGAAACUGAUACACCCAAGAUAACUACUGGUUCCAAAUCCAGUUCUAGUAAGCAGGAGUCCAAGGUGUCGUCCAGUCUAUCGUUGGGCAGCAAUGGGAAAUCCAGUUCUGUUGAGAAAGUCAAGAAGGAGACGGAGAAGAGACCAGCUGAAAAGGUUAAACUGGAACCUCCUGAAGGAAUCGACAUCCAGAAAAAACCCAGAUUGGAAAAGUCAGAGAAUCGCUCAUCUCCCAUCACAGUUCAGUCCAGCAAGGAUUUGGUCCAGCCAGACCUGCCAGGCUUCGAAAGUGCUGAAGACUUUGCCAUGGAAAUGGGGUUGGCAUGCGUGGUUUGUCGGCAGAUGACGGUUACAUCAGGUAAUCAGCUGGUCGAAUGUCAAGAAUGCCACAACCUAUACCACCAAGACUGUCACAAGCCCCAAGUCACAGAUAAGGAUGUGAACGACCCUCGGCUGGUUUGGUACUGUGCCCGCUGUACCAGGCAGAUGAAGAAAAUGGCACAGAAGACACAAAAGACAACUCCAAAAGUUUCUACCUCAGUUGUUAGCACAGUCCCGUCAGUCAAGGAUCCCCUGGUGAAAAAACCUGAAAUGAAACUUAAACAGGAAAUGACUUCGUUUCAGGCCUUCAAGAGAACGGAAGUGAAGACUACCUCGGCAGUUUCUGGGAACUCUUCCAAUUCCAACUCAUCCUCUUCAUCCGCCAGUGGUCUCACAGGAUGGGCUGCCUUUGGAGCCAAAACAUCUGCUGCAGCCCCCUCCACGGCGAAAUUGGGAGCUUCUGUUCAAAGUGCCAGCGGGAAGCCUAGUUUGACCACUUCAAACUCAAAACCAAUGGGUCUAUCUGGGCUCACAACGUCUAAAGUAGGGCUAAGUUCCAAAGUGACUGCAAGUGGCAACUCCAGUCCAGGACCCAUCAAACCACCCCCUCCUUUAACACUGGGAAAACCAGGUCUCAACCGAUCCACCAGCAAUGACAAUGUGAGUAAAGUGGGUUUAACAGCAACAAGCAGCAGUGCUGGCCAGGCUAGUGGUGGAAAUGGAGGCACCAGUGUUGCCAUCAGCAGCACUGGGAACAAUGGGGCAAAAGUCACCUCCGAAGGAGGCAACUCUUCUCUACCUAAAGUUCCAACAUCGCAAGAGUCGCAGCUCAAUGCCAUGAAGCGACUUCAGAUGGUCAAAAAGAAAGCAGCACAGAAGAAACUGAAGAAAUAAUAGUGAGCUAUCAGAGAAUGUAUGCAGGGUUCGUACAAAAUGUAACCAUGAUCUGUUGAUCUGCAUGGAUCGCUGCCAAUAAGACAGUCAAACCUUUGCCUUUAAAAUAGUUUUCAUCAUCUUUUGGACAUGAUCUGUUUUUCAUGGGUGAAGAAUGGGACAGGAACAUUCUUGAGCUCUCAAAAAACUUUCAUCUAUUUUUGAGGGCGUUCGCUAAAGUUCUGUGAAUUGUUCAGCACAGAAGUGAGUGGUAUUAACCGAGUAGAGUUUUGGGAUGUUGAAAAAUGGUACUGUCACACACAGGAGAACUUACACAGUGUUUAAACAAAGCAUUUUUAUAAAUCAACUUUUUAAAUUAAAUCAUUCCUACCAGCCACAUUUUUAAUGAAAAA